AUGUACGAGGAAUUCAAAUCUCAUGAAAUUGCCAAUGUGCUUUAUGCAACUGGUUCAGAUAUUCUCACCGCAUAUGGCGAGAAAAAUAUUAAUAUUAGCAGAUACAUGUGUGUUAAUAAUCCGAGAUAUUACUUCCAAGUGAACGACGAAUACGUCAAGAACAAGCUCAAGCUGAUUUUGUUCCCAUUUCUGCACAAGGGAAGAUGGAUGAGAGCAAUGGAGGAUGAUUCAUCAUCAUUCAAAAGUGCGAUGCAUGAUAUAAAUGCUCCAGAUCUUUACAUUCCUCUGAUGGCAUUUGUUACUUAUGUACUUCUUGCUGCCUUCUUUCUUGUUUUAUGUUUUUGCAGAUUCAGCCCGGAGUCGAUAGGAGUGCAGUUCAGCACGGGAUUGAUGUGCUGGCUAAUGCAAGUGCUUCUACUUGAGGGGACACUCCACUCCUUAGGUGGCGGCGGCGGCAGUGGAGAAAUAAUAUUAGUACCGUUGCUCGAUGUCGUUUCGUAUGCCGGCUACACUUUUGUUGGAGCAGCUGUAGUAAUGGCGGUUAGGGUUUCCCCACAUCCAGUAAGGUGGGCCCACUUGAUGUUCUGUGGGGCCACCUUGUGGGAGAGCUUCUGCAUGGGGGUUUUGUUGGUUAAGAUUGUGAAGAGGAUACUCGUUUUCGAAGUUCCGAUUUUCGAUAAGCAAAUGUAUUCGACUAAUAAGCGGAACUACGUUUUGCUUUUCGUUGCUGCAGCUCAAUUUCCACAGCUGUUUUGGCUUGGAAAUGUUCAUUAAUGGAAUUAAAUAACUACUAGUUC